AGAAGCGAGCCCACCCCCUCUGCAUUAGCAGCAUCAUGGAUGCAUCAUGGUGCAAUAAAAUUCAGACACGAUUUAAAUCGGAGUUUUUACUUGCCGAGUAUGGAUUGUGGAGAUACUUUACCACGACUUACGAUAUAACUAGAUGUUAAAAGAGAGCCGUGUCCUGAACCUGAAGAUGAGGCGUUUGUCCAGAAAGAAAGCCCUGAGCCUGGUGAAGGAGCUUGACGCCUUCCCCAAAGUGUCAGAGAGCUACGUGGAGACCUCCGCUUCAGGUGGAACAGUGUCACUGAUAGCUUUUAGUGCCAUGGCACUUCUGGCUAUAUUAGAGUUCUUUGUUUAUCGAGACACUUGGAUGAAGUAUGAAUAUGCAGUUGACAAGGAUUUUUCUAGUAAAUUGAGAAUUAACAUUGACAUUACAGUUGCCAUGAAAUGCCAGCAUGUUGGCGCAGAUAUUCUAGACCUGGCUGAGACCAUGAUCACAUCCAGUGGCCUCCAGUACGAGCCCGUUAUUUUUGAACUGACUCCACAACAGAGACUGUGGCAAAGGACGCUGCUUCUCAUACAGAGCAGGCUGAGAGAGGAACAUGCUCUCCAGGAAGUCCUCUACAAAACUCUUCUUAAAGGAGCUCCCACUGCACUGCCCCCACGGGAGGAUCUCUCUAUGGAGCCACUUAAUGCAUGCAGGAUACAUGGACACGUCUACGUCAACAAGGUGGCAGGAAACCUGCAUAUCACUGUGGGAAAGCCUAUUCACCAUCCUCAGGGUCAUGCCCACAUUGCAGCUUUUGUGAGCCACGACACGUACAACUUCUCCCAUCGAAUAGACAAUUUAUCUUUUGGGGAGGAGAUACCGGGUAUCAUCAAUCCUCUGGAUGGCACAGAGAAAAUCACCUAUAACAACAACCAGAUGUUCCAGUACUUCAUCACAGUGGUGCCCACCAGACUGAACACAUACAAGAUAUCGGCUGACACGCACCAGUUUUCUGUGACCGAGCGAGAGCGGGUGAUAAACCACGCAGCAGGCAGUCACGGAGUUUCUGGGAUCUUUGUCAAGUACGACACCAGCUCUCUGAUGGUGACGGUCAGCGAGCAGCAUAUGCCACUGUGGCAGUUCCUGGUGCGACUGUGCGGCAUUAUCGGGGGAAUCUUCUCCACAACAGGCAUGCUCCAUGGGCUUGUUGGCUUCUGUUUUGAUGUUAUCUGUUGUCGUCUCAAACUGGGAGUCUAUAGGCCCAGAGAGCACUAUUUCAGUAGACCCAACUGUACCGACUCUGUUCUAGGCUGCGCAGCUACACAACCAGAAUGAUCUGAACAAUCACUAGAUCCCUCUGCUGGCUGACCGUGUCCCUCAGGAGUAGCCGUCUCAAUGACCAGGGCAUGCUGCCUGCCUUCUGCAUAGUUUAAUGAAGCAGACCUAAACCUGGUUUCUCAUCCCAGUAGGAGAGAAUAGACCAGAGUUCAUCAUCUUCUAUUUGUUGUUGUUCCUGUCUUGAAACUGUUCUACUGAAAAAAAGCAAAGCUGUCUGUUAAUCACGUAACUUGGAGUGAAAUUCACAUCCAAUCAUUGCAUUUCAGAAAGGUACAUGCUCUGUGAGUGCAGUUGUGUAUACAGCAAUAUUUGAAGAUGGCUUUUUUAAAGAAAUGUUACAGGUUUACCGUUCCAUUAACUGUGCAAAACAAUUUCAUUCCUCCUUUGUAGACAUUCAACAAGUCCAGUGUAGUUUUGCUACACUGUGGUUAAAGAAAUAUGUGAACAGUAUUUAAAGAGUUGGCUCUCUAAGAUGUGAAGCACAAACCUUUAAGAGGACGACUGUGCUGGCGACUAGAAAAUAAUAUGAAAUUACACUUGUAUAACUGGUCCGCGUUCCAGCUUAAAAAUAUACAGGUCUGUGUGCAGGCACAGCAAAUACUGUUUGUAAAACAAAUCCAGCAUUUUUAGACAAACCUAGUAUUUAGGAGAACAUGUCUGACUGAUAACCAUUACAACCUCAGCCAGUGAGAAUAUUCAAACACAUUCUUAUGACAGACAAGAGCCUGCAAACCCCACAGGACAACAGCAAUACUAAUGUGCUCAGCAUUUUUUUCCACACGCAGCUGGAUCAUUUUUCUGACUAACAUUUAUCAGAAGAAUCACUUUAAACUGGCUGCUAAAAUUACAUUUUGUGACUAGAAACCCAACAUUAGUGAAGCAGAAAGCAAGUUUAAUGGACUGCAGCACACUUCACUGUUCUAGUUUAUUUCUGCUUUGGAAAGUAAACAUGAACAAAGUGUCGUCAGAGCUGGGAAUAAAGGUGGUCAGACAUUUCGCAAAUAACACAAAAAGAUGAAGUCAUUGGUUAUGUGUUGCUGUUUGUCACAUGCAGUAACUGUGGCUCCUGCUCGGGGUUUCCUGUACCGUGUUCUGCAUUUGGUCUGCAAACAGCAAAGACAGCACAGACAAGAGCAAAACUCCAGAACGAUGACACCAUUACAGUAACACUGAGAACAAUCUGAUGAAACCACUUCAUACAGACCUCGUAUGACUGCAGACAUUUUGGUUCAUCACCCCAGCCCCGAGAAAAUAAGAGGACUUUUACCAUGGUUACAUCACAAACAUGGGCUUUGCAUAAACAUACAGUUUUGUCCCCUUUUCUCCCAUAAAAGCUCAUGACCAUUGUUUGUAUUCUGUCCAGCGUCCAGCCGUGCAACACAGACAACACUGCAGCUUCCUCGUUUGUUUAGUAAAAAUCUGACUUGCCUGUCACACUUAACACUUUGGGUAGACUCUGUGGGAAGCUCUGUGGUGGAAUCCUGUGAAGACACCCACCAGGCAAAAACAGUCAAUUCAUUUUUUUUUGGUAAUAUGCAUGUUGAACUAUUUACAGAUAUUCCAAACUGGGAUGAAAGAUCUACCACUCCUGUGGUUCUGGUCCAGACUAGCAUACAGCUGGGACUGGCUCCAGCCCCCUCACGUCCCUCUUCAGGAUAAGAGGUAUAGAUAAUGGAUGGAUGGGUGGAUAUAAUUAUCCAAUGAUAGUGGGGAAAAGAAUGAUUUGAUCCCCUGCUGAUUUUGUAGG